AUUAUUCUGAAUUGGGAUUUCAAAUGAGCUUAAGUUUUAAAAUUUAUGUAGAUAUAUUUUUAAAACUUAAAUACAAUGAAACUUGGUGAUAAACUGUGUAUGAUUUGCGGUGGAAGCAAAUUAGUUGGCAGGUACUUUGGUGCCAUUACUUGCGAUUCGUGUAAAUCAUUUUUCCGGCGAAUGGCCCUUAAAAAUAUUCAAGUAAUAUGCCUAAAUGAUGGUAACUGUAAUAUAAUUGCAAAUCCUAGAAAACUGUGUCAAAAAUGUCGACUCGAAAAGUGUUUAGCCGUGGGAAUGAGAAAGGAACUCAUAAGAGAUGUGAAAGAAAACGAAAGGAGAAGACAAUUGAUUAGAGAAAACAAAUUAAAACAACAAAAUUGUAUUCAUUACUCAAAUACGAGUCCAGAAUCUAAUGAUUGGCCGGAAACUAGUGAUGAAAACAGUACUUCCAGUGAAUGUCCAUCACAUCAAUCAUUAGAUAUUAUUUACAAUAACUUUCAAAAUGUUUUAACAAACAGUAAAUUAUCACUGAAAACUACAAACGUUUAUGACUUGAAUCUGUCGGUCAUACCUGUUAUGAAACCCAUCACUGAUUAUAACAAUCAGUUCAAUGAAUUAGAGGGCAAUCGGUUGACUGAACUGUUGGAUGCCCUCAAGAUUAUGAUGAACCCAAUGGUCAACGUUAAUGAUAAUGAAAUGAACGCUUAUUCUGUCGAUCCCUUCAAUUUGAUACUUCGGUAUCAGGAGAAUGGUCUCCAAAAUACUGUCAAAAUGGCCAAACGUUUGAACGCAUUUAAAUCGCUGUGUGAUCAUGAUCAAUUGACUUUAAUUAAAUACGCGUCAAUUGAGAUCGUUGUCUUGCGAAUAAUUUUAAAUUUUGACUUUAAUGAAUUAUGCUGGUCAUUUAACAUAUUAAGUGCUAUUAUACUGUUUAAUCCGAAUCGACCUAACCUCAUUAACAAAACUGCCAUAAAUAUCCAAGUGGACCGACUUUUGACUGAAUGGCAAAACGAUUCUGUUAUUAUGGAAUUGUUGGCUGCAAUCAUACUGUUUAAUCCCAAUGUACCGGAUUUAGCACAGAGGAAUACCAUUAUGUAA